AUGUCUGGAAGCAAAAGUCCCAGGGUUUUGAUAGUAGAUAUAGUAAGUGAGCUGAUAGUGGAUGACCCUGUGAAAUAUUCAGAGAAGAUUCCAGUGUUCCGGAAGAUUACUCUUAUGAAUACAAAAUGUGAAUUUGUUGGGUUGGACAUCCAGGAUGAUAUGGGGCGACAUGAGGUUGGUUUCCAAGACAACACAGAGAAGAUCCCCAUGUAUGAUGAUAACGGCUGCCGAAUGGAGACACACUUUCUCAUCAACAAGGUGCCAGGCAAUUUCCACGUAUCAACUCACUCAGCCAAAUCCCAGCCCACAGCAGGUGACAUGAGACACGUGGUGCACAAGCUGAGGUUUGGCAUGGACCUGGAGGCUGGCAAGGAUGUGAAGGGAUCCUUUAACCCCAUGGAGUCUCUGGACAAGGCUGGAGGCAAUGGUAAGGAGGUGAGGGGAUCCUUCAACCCCAUGGAGUCUCUAGACAAGGCUGGAGGCAAUGCACAGGCUACCCAUGACUACAUAGUACGUGUGGUCCCCUCGGUGUAUGUGAGCAUGAACGGUAACAAGAGGUUCCCCUACCAGUACACCUACUCCUACAGGGAAAAGCUUAUUGCAAACAAAAAUCCAGCGGUGUGGUUCAAAUAUCAGUUGAGCCCGAUAACUGUUCAGUACAGGGAAAUGAGGAAACCCCUGUAUCACUUCCUGACAACUGUCUGUGCUAUUAUCGGAGGAACGUUCACUGUGGCCGGAAUUUUGGACUCCUGUAUAUUCACAGCACAUGAAAUCAUUAAGAAGAUUGAGAUCGGCAAACAAAGCUGAAUGGAUCCCUGCUCUUAGGUCUUAUCAAAUGUAUGAUAUUUUACUCUGGCUGCUGAAGUACACUGAGAAUUGAAAGUGUAAAAAUGUGCACAUUUUUGAGCUUAAAAUAAAAUGAGAAUUUGUCAUAUUGAA